UGGCAAGUAAAGGCCCCAACGCAGUAGACUGAUGGAGAUAAGCAGUAGCACAGUUAUCUUUUGACUCCUGAGUUUCAACUUGCCUGAGCCAACAGAAGACCCAACAAACGAAGGAGACCAUGAACAGGCAACCCUAGAAUUAGCGAUGUCCACACUCCACACACAAACACAGAGGCCACCAGUUCAGUAUUCACUACCGCUACUGGCCUACUACACUAUACGAGUGAUACAAGUGUAGAAUACAACACUCCAUCACAUUACUCAGCCUACGCAUACAGCAGACACAAAACAAAGAGACACACACUGCGCUCCCCAUCUCCACAUGUCAAACAAAGCACGGCCGACACAGUCCAGAGAGGCAGAGAGCAAGCAGGCGCAGCCACCCCGUGGCCGGCGGUGGCUAUGAUGCCGCCCGUGGCCGCAGUCCUCGCGCUCGCGCUCCUCGCGGCGGUCUCGCCGCUGCAACCUCGGGCCACGGCGAAGGCGCUAGCUCCCUCUCUGUCUCCGGCUCCGGCGCCCAGCUGGGGGGCGCUGGACCUGGACUGCACGAGCGCGCUGCUGAACCUGUCCUCGUGCCUGACGUACGUGGAAUCCGGGAGCGCGCUGACGCGGCCGGAGAAGGGCUGCUGCGGCGCGCUGUCCGGCGUCGUGGACGGCGAGGCCGCCUGCCUGUGCGGGCUCGUGGGCGGGUACGGCGCCUCCGGGGUCCGCGUCGACGCCGUGCGCGCGCUCGCGCUGCCCACCAUCUGCCGCGUCGACGCGCCGCCGCCCAGGCUCUGCGCCGCGCUCGGCCUGCCCGUCGUCGAGCCGCCGGGCGCCGCCGGGCCCGCAGACCCAGGGAACGGCACGCCGGCGACCAUCCCAGCAACGGCAGCCGCGAACGGCGGCCCGGUGACGCACCGGAACCGAGGGCCUCAUCUACUCCUCCUCGUGCACCUCCCGUACUGCGCCCCGCUCUUCACGCUGCUGUUGCUGCUGCUAUUAACGACAUAAACGUCCAAGUCCACACGGCACGGCAGCAAGCACGCACGCAUGUAAAGAUGGUACCCCCCCCCCCCC